CGUCCCCACGGAGUGUAGGUCUGGAUGUCCACGUUGUAGAAGGUACCCAAGUCCACCAGUCUGGUGUCAUUUGGAUUGCUAUGACAUUCCGACGGAUAGCUAUACGACUGAGAAACCAAAUUUGGAAGAUCUGCAAAAGUUCGCAGUUGCGGUUAGACCCCUAUAUAAGCCUCAGAAUAAAGACAGUAUCGAUGUCGCAUCCACUCAAGAAGGCUUGCUAUGUUGCUUUACAAGUCAUAUCUUGAAGGAGUUCAGCCAAGAGUUGUUUAUGCAGUUGCCAAUGGAGAUCCAAGCUAUGAUCUUGGAGUUCCUUGGCCCAUGCUGGUAUUUAAUAGUGCUUAGGGAGACCCGUCGUUUAUUUAAGCAGAUACAAAAUGGUCAUAUAAAUCGGUGUGAACGGCUGAACCUGGCAAAGGAGCUUUAUACCGGCAGGACAAAAUACCAGGGCAAGUCCUACAUCUCCAUAAUCAGCAACAUGCCACUUAAAUUGCCGAGCCUAUAUGAUCAACAGCACAUAAUCCCACCGAAGCUUAACCCGUGGAAUAUACAGAAUAUAAAUCAUGUUCGGAGCAACCGCCAUUUGGAUCAUGUAAAAGUUGAUGCUAAGGUUCGUGGCCUUAUUGUCUGUUUCCGUUGGGAUGAUCCAAUUGGGAUCUACGGCUUCACCGGUAUAUCCAAGGCAUUCCAAUCAUUCGUCAAGUUGAUGAAACAACGCUCACCCUAUGGCAACGAUUAUUGGAUUUACUUUCCGAUUAGCAAUGACGAGCUCCUUACAGCAGCCUGGAUUCGGAAAGAAAAAGACUCCAGUGCAUGGGCUUGGCCCCUGCGUAGGCUAUCAAAACCUCUCUGGGAAGGGACAUUACAUUCGGGGGCCACACAACCAAACCACCCGAAUCGUAUCUACGAGUACCAGUCCCUUGUCCAAGAUGGUGAUGGCGUCAUUUCGGGAAUAGUCCAUGAUGGACUAGAUCCAGAUCCUAAGCGUUUCUCUAAGCGUAUCACGCAGAUCGGAGUCACUUGCGAUCCCGGGUGCCAAGUUGAGACACUGGCGCACGAACCCCAGUUUGGCCAUUAUGAAUGCCCCGGGAUAUGGGACAACAGGACAACACCUACCUCGUACAUGACCAAGGCCCUGCUUGAAGGCCUUUACAAGGUACGUGUCUGUAGGGAUCUGGAAAAGCCACAUCGUCCAUGUAUUGGCCUUCUGCUGUAUUAUGUCAAUGAGGGCGUUGAGUCACUGGGACAGGUUCACUGGGGCUGUGACCUUACGCGUAAUUUUCUUGCACCCAUCUGUCUUGAAAAAGGUAACGGCGACGGGAAGGAUUAUAUAAAGGACGCUCUGAGAGAUACAUCGUGUACUUGGCUGGAGUGUGAAGCUGGUACAUUGCAGAAAAUACCCCAACAUGGGACUCUUGUUUGGUGGUUUGGCGACUUGGGUAAUAAGGUUGUUAUCUAUACCGAUCCGGAGCGCUGAGAGUUCCAGGCCAUUGAUUAGAUAGCUAUACCCCCGUUACCUUAAAAGUAAUGGAUCCAUAGACAGGGUUUCAUCUAAACCCAGUUGCUUCAUAUACUAACCUCAGUCCAACAUUGGCGUUGUCAUUGAUGGGUAAGAGAGAUUCCAAACAGACGCCUCAAGCUCUUCAUAAGAUAUGA